CAUAUUUCAUCCCGUCCACUAGAGCCCACAGAGCACCUUUUUCCGGUUAUUUUUUUAACCAAAUUUUGGUCACAGCAAGGAGGAGAUGAAAGUGUUGCGUUUAUCUUUACUGCUAUUCAUACUGCAACUGACCGUUUGGCAAGGAAAGAGUGCGUUUUUUGAUGAAGGUGGUAAAAAGAAAUCAAGCUGGAAAGAAAAGUUGAAGGAAUCGAAAAUGGGGAAAUGGGCCGCAAAAGCCGGCAACAAACUUGGCCUGGCGUUGGGCGUAAAAAUGAAACGAAGAUUAGCGGACGAUCCCCCACCCGUGAGGUUCAAUAUCAAGGGAACUGCCAUUUUAAAGAAUGGGAACCUUAAUUUCGAGUUGGCCGGCGAGAAAAUUCGACCUGGCCAAUCAGGACCGUCAAAUCCUAACUUUAAAGCUGGUUCUUCAUUAUCAACAGCUACACCCACAAAGGGAUCGACCACACCAACUAGUCCAACGACGGGCACUGGUCAAACGACUGGUACUGGUCCAACGACUGGUACAGGUCCAACGACUGGCACUGGUCCAAAGACUGGCACUAGUCCAACAACUGGCACUGGUCCAAAGACUGGCACUAUUCCAUCAACUGGCACUGGUAAAACCACUGGCACGGGUAAAACUACUGGCACUGGUCCAAAGAUUGGCACUAGUCCAACAACUGGCACAGGUCCAACAACUGGCACUGGUAAAACGACUGGCACUGGUCCAAAGAUUGGCACUAGUCCAACAACUGGCACCGGUCCAAAGACUGGCACUAGUCCAACAACUGGCACUGGUCCGAAGACUGGCACUAGUCCAACAACUGGCACUGGUCCGAAGACUGGCACUAGUCCAACAACUGGCACUGGUCCAAAGUCUGGCACUACUUCAACAACCGGCACUGCUAAAACCACUGGCACUGGUCCAAAGACUGGCACUAGUCCCACUACUGGCACUGGUCCCAAGACUGGCACUAGUCCAACAACUGGCACCGGUAAAACCACUGGAACGGGUCCAAAGAUUGGCGCUAGUAAGACUACUGGGACUGGUCCUACGACUGGCACUGGUAAAACUACUGGGACUGGUCCAAAGACUGGUACUGGUAAAACUACUGGGACUGGUCCAAAGACUGGCACUAGUCCAACGACUGGCACUGGUCCAAAGACUGGCACUAGUCCAACAACUGGCACUGGUCCAAAGACUGGCACUAGUCCAACAACUGGCACUGGUAAAACAACUGGCACUGGUCCUCAGCCAGCCGCUCAGGUUGCACCCACUUCACCCUGCCCGCGACCCCUAAAUGUUUAUGUGAUAAUAGUCGCCAAUGAUUUGAAGAAAACGCAAAAUGCUUACCGAAGAGUCCACGGCUCCCCUGACCUAAGACUGGAUGAUCACAUGAUGUGCGAUGCUCAAAACUACGCUCAGAAAAUGGCCUCUAAGGGAGUCUUGGAGCACCAAUCGAGUGCAAUUCUCGCACGACGAGGAGUUGGAGAGAACAUUGGAAUGUCCUGCGUUCCUGCUCGAAAUGGUCCUUUGACCUACUUAAAAGUACAAAAAAUGGCAAGGAAUGUAGCUAAACGCUGGUAUGAUGAGGUAUGUCAGUACAACUUUGACCAGCCAAAUUUCAACUCCGAUACGGGACAUUUUACCGAAGUCGUGUGGUCUGGAAGCAGAAAGCUUGGAGUUGGUUACUCUGUCGGAAGAAACAUCAAAUUUCCUGGAUAUGUCUGUGUUUACGUAGUGGGACGGUACAGUCCUGCUGGAAACAACAUAGGACCACAAAAUCUAAGGAAUAACGUUAGGAGAGGGAACUUCAACGGUUCAUACUGCACACCAAAGAUAAAGCCACCUGCCUUUACCCUAGUUCCUCUUUAUAAGAGAAACCGCUUUGGUAACAAAGCUUUUUACAAUAAACGAGGUUAAGACCAAGUUUAACUGACCAUUAAGUCGACACAUACUGUAUUCCAAAUAAUAAAAAACAAGAAUUCGUAGCAGAAGUGUGUAGGUUUUUACUAAUACUGGUGUUGGAAAUUAAAAAAAUAUAUAUAUAUAUAUAUUUCUGGGGUAUUUGAAAACGGUGUCAUUCAUAACUAUCAUUGUGGGCGUCUUUGUUGUACAUUCAACUUAACUACUUCACAGAGAAGGCGCAAAAAUGUUCUAUAUUUGAUAUUAUUUUAAUAAUUAAGGAAUCGAUUGAUCGAUCGCAGAUCGAGACUUUAGGUUCGUUGUAGCCCCUGCCAAGGUCAUUGUGGUCUGGUAUUUUACUUCCAGAAUAAUUCAACUAAGCCAUCUUAGAGUAUAAGUGAGUGACAAAAGCGUCAGAGACACCUAAAAUUGUAAUGGAAUUUCACCUGAAGGAGUAAUGGAGAUGACGCUAUUGCAAAUAUGACAUAUCGAUAGUUAAUACUAAAGAUACUUAUCAUAUCAGUGAUUCCAAUAAUGAUAGAAAAGAAGGAUCCCCUAGAGGAAACUUCCUGAGAGUUACAGUUUGACUUUAAAUUUGAAUAGACGUCAUAAUACCCCUCACAAGCCGAACCCUCAUUAUUGCCUGUAAGAGAAUAGAAGACAGGAUCAAAAAGCUUACUUGCUUCCGGGCAAACAAGGCAAAUAUGCAACUCCCACAUCAUAAGUAUAGCUUAAAUUAACGAGGGUAUUGCUAAUGGAACUUACAGAUUUUUCGUGCAAAUCGUAUUCCAUUGAAACAAAGUUAACAACAUGUUAUUUAUGAA